GGCACUGGAGGUUUGCUUCCGGGCGUCUCUUUUGCUUCCCCUUCCCUCUCCCACGCUUGUUCCCCUCCCCCUUCUCCCUCUUGCCUUCGGUUUCGCUCUUUUCUUUCGGGGUCGACCCCUGAAUUGAGAGUCUGGGGUCUGGUUGGUGAAAAAGGGCCUUUACCGACGGAAGCAGGGAAAGGACAAAAGUAUGUCCUCCCUUCCCAGGUGCAUUGGUUUGGAUGCAGCAACAGCUGCAAUGGAGUCUGAAGAGAUUGCAGAGCUGCAACAGGCAGUGGUUGAUGAACUGGGUAUCUCUAUGGAGGAACUUCGGCAUUUCAUUGAUGAAGAACUGGAGAAGAUGGAAUGUGUACAACUGCGCAAGAAGCAGCUAGCAGAGUUGGAGACAUGGGUAAUACAGAAAGAAUCGGAGGUGGCUCAUGUUGACCAGCUUUUUGAUGAUGCAUCCAGGGCAGUGACUAAUUGUGAGUCUUUGGUGAAGGACUUUUACUCCAAGCUGGGACUACAGUACCGGGACAGUAGCUCUGAGGAUGAAGCUUCCCGGCCUACAGAAAUAAUUGAGAUUCCUGAUGAAGAUGAUGAUGUCCUCAGUAUUGAUUCAGGUGAUGCUGGGAACAGAACUCCCAAAGACCAGAAGCUCCGUGAAGCUAUGGCUGCCUUAAGAAAAUCAGCUCAAGAUGUCCAGAAGUUCAUGGAUGCUGUCAACAAGAAGAGUAGUUCCCAGGAUCUUCAUAAAGGAACUUUGAGUCAGAUGUCUGGAGAACUAAGCAAAGAUGGUGACCUGAUAGUCAGCAUGCGGAUUCUGGGCAAGAAGAGAACUAAGACAUGGCACAAAGGCACCCUUAUCGCCAUUCAGUCUGUUGGGCCAGGGAAGAAGUACAAGGUGAAAUUUGACAACAAAGGAAAGAGUCUGCUGUCGGGGAACCAUAUUGCCUAUGAUUACCACCCUCCAGCUGAAAAGCUGUAUGUGGGCAGUCGGGUGGUGGCCAAAUACAAAGAUGGAAAUCAGGUCUGGCUCUAUGCUGGCAUUGUAGCUGAGACACCGAACAACAAAAACAAGUUCAGGUUUCUCAUUUUCUUUGAUGAUGGUUAUGCUUCCUAUGUCACACAGUCUGAACUGUAUCCCAUUUGCCGACCAUUGAAAAAGACUUGGGAGGACGUAGAAGACAUCUCCUGCCGAGACUUCAUAGAAGAGUAUAUCACCGCCUACCCCAACCGCCCCAUGGUGCUGCUUAAGAAUGGCCAGCUUAUCAAGACCGAGUGGGAAGGCACCUGGUGGAAGUCCCGAGUUGAGGAAGUAGAUGGCAGCCUAGUCAGGAUCCUCUUCCUGGAUGACAAAAGAUGUGAAUGGAUCUAUCGAGGCUCUACACGGCUGGAGCCCAUGUUCAGCAUGAAGACAUCCUCAGCCUCUGCACUGGAAAAGAAGCAAGGAGGACAGCUGAGGACACGUCCAAAUAUGGGUGCUGUGAGGAGCAAAGGCCCUGUUGUCCAAUACACACAGGACCUGACCAGUACUGGAACCCAAUUCAAGCCAAUGGAGCCCCCACAGCCUACAGCUCCGCCUGCCCCACCUGCUCCACCUCUAUCCCCCCAAGCAGGUGACAGUGAAAGCUUGGAAAGCCAACUUGCCCAAUCACGGAAGCAGGUAGCUAAAAAGAGCACAUCUUUCCGACCAGGAUCUGUGGGCUCUGGUCAGUCCUCCCCUACAUCUCCUACACUCAGUGAAAGUGUCCCUGGUGGGAAACCUGCGGUCAACCAAACAUAUAGGUGA